AAAGCGAUUGGUCCCUGCUCCUACUUUAAGAGCCUAUCUUGUUUGUCCUAAAUCCACAUUAAAAUUGUACUCAUUACUUAAUUAAUUAGGAGGCCUAGCCCGGUGGAGACGGGAUCUCGAGUCUCUACUACUGCUGUCACCGGUGUCUAGGAUCCAUGGCGCUCAUGGGAAGUGGGGUGGUUGCAGUUGCACCAGCUUCCUGCUUUUGGCCCUGUACAGAUAUCUGCGGUCACCACAAAAUGUCCUCCAAUUACCCAAGAACAAGAAUAUGUAGCAGAAGAAGAUUAUUACCGCGAUACUCCAACGGUUCUGAAGCGGGUGCUUCAUCGCUGAGUUGCAGGCAACCGAUUGUCUCAGCUGAACCACCAGGACAAAGUUCGGUACUCCUCCCCCCCGACAGCGACAUCGACAUCGACAGCAACAGCAACAGCAGCAGGCGGCAGCCCCAUCUCUCUACUACUACUACUACUACUACUACCAAACAAGAAGCAGCAGCGGCAGCAGGAGGGGUUGUGAUGAGUCCUGGUUUAAUAGACUACUUUCAAGUAUCGGAGGAUUUGGUCCUCCGAUCCGAGGCUGACGGUGGGCCUCCGCGCUGGUUUUGUCUCUUGGACUGCCCCUGCUCCUCCUCUCACUCUGCCUCUUCUUCCAAAAACCACAAUCCUCUCUUGCUUUACUUACCAGGGGUGGACGGUGUUGGAUCCGGACUUCUGUUGCAAUGCAAAAAACUAGGCGAGAUUUUUAACGUAUGGUGCUUGCACAUCCCCCUCUCGGAUCGUUCAUCCUUUUCAGUUUUGUCACCGCUAUGUACCGUUGCAUUUCUAGACCUGGUGAAGCUGGUUGAGGAAACAGUCAGGUCAGAGAACUCCCGCAGACCCCACACACCUGUAUAUCUUGUUGGAGAAUCUUUUGGGGGAUGCCUUGCCCUGGCCAUUGCUUCCCGAAAUCCCGACAUUGAUCUCGUCUUAGUUUUGGCCAACCCAGCUACGUGUUUCAGUAAAUCCCAGCUGCUCCCUCUGCUACCUUUCUCACAUCUCAUGCCCAAGGAGAUGAAUCCGAGCUUGCUUUAUAUGCUAUGUCUAGCAUCAGGUAUCCCUUCAAGGAUGGCCAUGGAUGCUCUGCAGAAAAGCCUCCCCCUUGAACAAACAGUUGGAGAGUUGUCUCAGGCUGCCAGAGCGGUAUCAUCCUAUAUUUCUGUUCUGGCUGAUCUUUUAGGUGUAGAAACCCUCAAUUGGAAACUGAAGAUGCUCAAAUCAGCUGAAGCAUUUUCAAAUUCACGUCUUCAUGCUAUCAAAGCUCGGACUCUAAUCCUUUCCAGUGGAAGAGAUUCAAUGUUACCAAGUGAAGAAGAAGGAGAAAGGCUUCGUCGCUUGUUGCCAGAUUGUCAAAUCCGAACAUUUAGCGACAGAGGUCAUGUUCCUUUCUUGGAAGAUGGUUUCGAUCUGGUGACAAUCAUUAAGUGUGCAAGCUUUUAUCAACGUGGAAGAUGCGUUGAUUAUGUUUUGGAUUACUUGCCGCCCAAACCUCCUGAAUUCGAACAAAUAUAUGAACCACACAGAUGGACCGAGGUGGCAUGCAAUCCGGUGAUGCUUUCGACAUUGGAGAAUGGAAAGAUUGUUCAGGGCCUUAAAGGGAUUCCUUGUCAGGGACCAGUUUUAUAUGUUGGUUAUCACAUGAUGCUAGGUUUUGAGUUGAUCCCUCUAGUGGCACGCUUUUGGAUGGAAAGAAACAUUGUUUUGAGAGGCAUUGCACAUCCAAUGGCAUUUAAAAGGUUGAAAGAUGGAAAACUACCUGAUUUGUCAACAUACGAUGCAUUUCGAUUUAUGGGUGCAGUUCCAGCAUCAGCAACUACUUUUUAUAAGCUUUUUUCUACAAAAUCCCAUGUCCUAUUGUAUCCAGGGGGCAUGAGGGAGGCUCUUCAUCGAAAGGGUGAGGAGCACAAAUUAAUUUGGCCCGAACAGUCUGAGUUUGUCAGAAUGGCAGCUAGAUUUGGUGCAAAAAUAAUUCCUUUCGGAGCAGUUGGAGAAGAUGAUUUUGGCCAACUGCUUUUUGAUUACGACGACCUCAUGAAGAUCCCAUAUUUUGAGGCAUUUACACGGGAGCUAACUGAUGAAGCAGUGAAUUUAAGGAGUGAACGUGAAGGAGAGAUUGCUAACCAAGAUAUACAUCUCCCUGUCAUUCUACCCAAGGUUCCUGGGAGGUUAUAUUUCCUCUUUGGGAAGCCAAUUGAAACAGAAGGCAGGAAGCAGGAUUUGAAAAGAAGAGACGAAGCCCAGCAAGUAUAUAUUCAGGUAAAAUCUGAGGUCGAGAGUUGCAUUGCAUACUUGAAGGAGAAAAGAGAGAACGAUCCGUAUCGGAAUGUAUUGGCUCGAUUGACUUAUCAGGCUGUGAAUGGCUUCGAUGCUGAGGUUCCUACUUUUGAGCUUUGAUGAAAAGUUUUUGGGGCAAAGUCCAAGCCAAGCGACUAGGGCAAAAGGGAAUAUUCCGCAGUCAAUUUAUUAUGGUAAUAUCAGGCACAGUUACUACAUGUACCGUAGACCUAUCAAUCCAAUCAUCCAUCUGAGUCGGCUUUUAAUUAGUUUAUAAGGUUCGGCUCAGCUCAUGUAUGUAGUUAGUUAGUAACACUUUUAGACUUUGAAUUAUGAGUUUCGAAUUGAGAAAUGUGAAACUCACACUCGAACUCCCAAAACAUUACGACUUUGAGUCUGAUUCGGAUUUAGUCCAAACU